UCUAAUACGUGGCGAGUAAUGAAGUGUUGUAUAUUGAUUCUUUAGCUGCAGAAAUGUGAUCCUGGGAAACCUGGAUCGCUGAGCCUACAGCCCGCGCGUCACUCUCCUGACAUCAGCACACAGCUUAAAUACCCGCAGCACCAAGCAGUGUAAACACAACCAGGCACACCUUCAUAUGGGCGCAUCGGGAGCCAAACACACUGCUGGACACAAGAGAGUCACUUCAAUGUGAUGCACUUUAUGCUUUCACUGAAAUAAGAUUUUCACCAUGUAGUAUUACAAUUAGUGAUUAUUUACUUGCUCUAUAUUUCCAGAGCAAGUUUUCUGAACAUUAGAGAAGGCUCCUGUACUUUAAUUCUUGUGCAUUAUUUGUUUUAAUGAUGAUUAACGACACACUUGCGUUUGGAGAACUGGACACUAAUGUUUCUGAGCCGCUGCCGCCUCUCUCUCUCAGCCAAAACUACAGUGGGGUCCCAGCGCUCCGACUGGAGUCAAAAUCUCUGGUCACCUCAGCCACGAUGUUCGCUGUGGGAGUCCUGGGGAACCUCAUCGCCAUAGUUGUGCUGUGCAUCUCCAAAAAGGAGCAGAAGGAAACAACUUUCUACACUCUGGUCUGCGGGAUGGCAAUCACCGACCUUUUGGGCACAUGCUUCACCAGCCCGGUGGUGAUCGCCACCUAUGUGGCCAGCCGCUGGCCUGGAGGAGCCCUGCUCUGCCACUUCUUCUCCUUCUCCAUGCUCUUCUUCGGCUCAGCCGGGAUGUCCAUCCUGUGCGCCAUGGCUGUGGAGCGAUACUUGGCCAUAAACCAUGCCUAUUUCUACUCCCAGCACAUAGACCGAACCAUGGCGCGCUUUGCACUCCUGGUCACCUACUUGGCCAACAUUGUACUGUGUAUUAUGCCCAGUUUUGGCUUCGGGCGGCAUGUCAAGCACUUUCCGGGUACUUGGUGCUUCCUGGACUGGAGGGCGAUGGAUCCACUCGGCGCCUGCUAUUCCUUCCUGUACGGCGGAGUGAUGCUGGUGCUGAUUGCAGUGACAGUUCUGUGUAAUUUGGCGGUGUGCAGGUCGCUGGUGGGGAUGAACCAGAGAGCAGGAAUAGUCAGGACGGAGCUGUGUGAGCAGGGAGGCUCACGUCGCCGCUUCCCUCGGCUGCCGUCGGUCACUUCUGCAGCGGAGAUCCAAAUGUUCUGGCUUCUGGUCUUCAUGACCAUCGUUUUCCUGGUCUGCUCCAUCCCCCUAGUGGUGCGAAUCUUCGUGAACCAACUUUAUGACCCUGCUUAUAUUUCUGCUGGGGGGCAGCCUGACUACCGGAGUGACCUGAUGGCAAUCCGCUUCGCCUCAUUCAACCCCAUUUUAGACCCCUGGGUGUACAUUCUGUGCCGGAAGAACCUGCUGCUAAAGGGCUGCGAGAAGCUGAAGAGGUUAGUGACCCGGGUUAAACAGGGCCGUAAGGACAACAUUGUCUGGGUGGGAGGUCAACACUCCCCUCCUUCUUUAAACAGCGACGACACCAGUUGUGCGUCAUUACGCACAGCCAGCCACAAAAACGACGUGGAACACCAGGUGUCCAUCAAGAUUGAAUCCUUUACAGACUUCGCAAUGAGACAAGCGUGGGACUACGACACCGCCCGGGUCAAUUUCCAUCCGUUCAGCGUCGAAUCCACCGCGAUCCUCGGGUGUGAGGAGGAGGUAGUGGCUGAUUCAAAACAGGAGGCGACCGCGAAAGCUUCUUCAGGACGCAGCGCCACGCCGCUGCUCUCUGCACACGUUAGAAGAGGAGACAUCGUCACCUGCACGUUCAGCACACCGAGUUCCUGUCACUCAGUGAAAUGCCUGUAAUAGACAGUUCAUAAUAACAUCACUUUAAAACAUCCCAGCAGAAGCAGCUACUUUAUGUCAGGUGCAAAGCAAACUUUUAAAAUUACACUUGGAGAAAACGCUGCCGGUGUUGAAAUUCACACUAUUAUCAGUGAAUUUAUCACUAGAUGGUUUUAAACCACCAAAGAGCCAUAUCUACUUCAUUGAUGAAAUACUUGACUCAGAACUUAGCAACUGACUGUGACUCAAAUUAACAUUUCAACACGAGCACUGGGUUAUCAUGCAUUUCUUGCACAUAAUUAAGUCCUCUGCAGAGAGGUGUCUAAGGAUAAAUACUCAGCACGUUUUUAAAAUUUUAACCAGAAUGUGUCUCCAUUUAGAUGAAGUCCAGAAAACCUGUGCCAGAAGUACACCAAGCUCCAAACAACUAGAGUUUUGUUCAGUUUGUAUAAUUGUUCACCUAUCUUAUAUGAUGUGGAGGUGGAUAAAAAAAGGGGGCGGGGUAGCAAUGGUUUGGGGGUCACUAGAGGGGCACACAUCCAAUUUGCAUCCUCUAGGAAAUUUAGCCAAUAGUUAAAUUAUAGAGGACUCUGCUGCUGAAAGUAAAUUAAGUCAGUUGUGAAAAUUUCCAAACAGGGAAAUUUAUACAAAAUAUCAUCAUACCCUACGGGUACAAAUAAAAAUGUGAAUGUAUGAAUCUGUAUGAAUCUUGAAAAUGUGCUAUUUGUGUAUUCAUACAAGGCAUCACUCAUGUGUUGAUAUUACACUGUAUUUCAUACUUUUUAUCUACUUGCUGCUAAUUUACUCUGUGCCAUUAAACAGUGUUGUAUGACACAGGGAAAACUGAAUGUAUAUCUUUUGUUAAAUCUUGUUUUAUAUUAUAAAUUUGCAUAUUAUGUUUUGAUAACUGUUGUUGUAAACCAGCAAAAGUGAACAUAUCACCUGUUAAAAAAAGAAGAAAAAAACAAGUGUUGCUGUGAGUUGUAUGACCUGUAGUGUUUGCUGGAUGUGUUGAUGGGUCUGUGCAGAGAAAUAAAAUGACACUGAA